AUGAGCGAUCUCCAAGAUUCGCGGAGAGACGCCAGCGUUUUCCGCGGAUCGUUCGUUCCCCUCCUCCUCCGCAUCCCCCUCGCGCUCAUCCUCUGCGCCGCUGUUCUUCCGCGCGCCUGCGGCGAUGCCCCCACGUCAUGUUCCGCCAGUCAUUCUCCCCCCCAUUCCCCUGCGCGAGGCACCUGUUCUGCCUCUACUGAUGCUGACGGCAUUCCCCGCUAUGCUGCGCCGGUGGGGGAAGCGCCAGAGGGAGAAGCGCCAGUAAAGGAAGUGCAUGUGGGCGGAAAAUCAGUCGGCGGAGAAGCGAGGAUUGGCGGAGCGGAAGGAGAUCCAUGGGAACGGUGGGGGAGCAGUGGAGAGGGGAGCGGAAGGAAGAUGGAGGAAGAGUUUGAUUGGCUGUUGGAUGAUGCUGACGAGGACGCGGAUGGGCUUUCACCUGAGGGCUAUCUGGCGGGCUGUAUGCUGCUGCAAGCAGCUGCAAAAAGAGAUCGGGCGGCAGAGAGAUUGUCUUGGGCGGCACUGGCAGGGGUGCUGCUGCCGCCCGUGAGUCUGGCGAGGCCGCUGCCUCUCAUGCUGGAUGACGACCUGCGCAUGGAGCUCAGCUACAAGCCGUUGAUCGACAGGCUAGACCAGCAGUUGGAGCAGUACCAAGAUGAGUACGACGCGUGGCUAGACCAGCAGGUGCAGCAGUACCAAGAUGAGUACGACGCGUGGGUAAACGCCACUGUCAGCCAGUCUACCGCAGAUGACGCGGACUUGUCUUUUGACAGCUUUCUUCAAGCUGUCGCUGCUGCUCUCUCCCUGUCUCUGCCGCUGCUGCCCCAAGCCCCGUCGCCUUCAGCACCUGAGAGUUCACCUGACAAUCAACCUGCCGCUUUGGGGAUGGUGUCUAGAGAUUCAAUUGAGGUCUUCGCCAGCGAGGAUAUCCCGGUGCACUCUCCUCUCGUCCUCGCCCCAACGCCAAUGCCCACCGCUCCUACUCAACAAACAGACACUGACGUGAAUUUUGCAACACUCCUACCUCCAUCUCCACCACCUCUGCUCUCUAAUGACGAUGUUUACUUAAGCACUGGUACUGUUCCGCAGGACACGGCUUUCGACCGGGUCCUUCUUUUUCCCUCUCUCGCCCACACCCUCCGCUCCUUCUCUCUCGCGUUUCCCUCCACUGGCCUGCCCGCUAAACUGCCCGAGAAAGAGUUUCAGAAGCGGGCAGCGGCGCUGGAGGACCGUGUCGUUCGGGCAGUUCUUGAGGUGAAGAGAAAUGCUUUAAGCGCUGCCCGAGGGGUUGGAGGAGACACAGAUGGCAUGACGGGUGGCAAUUGGUAUGGGAUGGAGCGGAUGUGGUUCUGGGAGAUGCGACGACAGAAGCAGCUGGAGCACCAGAGGAAGAAGAAGGAAGGAGAGAAGCACCGGAUGAUGGGGAUGGAACAGGAGGAGAACAGCAAGGAGAACGACAAGGAAGAAAAGGAGGAAUCAGUGGCAGGGGGGGUGGAUCCAGAGGGGCUCUUUGCGUAUCCUGAAGGGCGGAUUGACCCUGAGCUCCUCGCUUUCCUCACUGCCCUCGCCUAUCUGCGCUCCACUGGAACAGGGCGGAUUGACCCUGACCUCCUUGCUUACCUCACUGCGCUUGCCUUUCUGCGCUCCAUUAGAACAGAGCCCGACCCAGCGCUGCUGGCGCGGGUGAGUGUGGCAGUGGCGUGGAAUCUGGACGCCACCACCACCUGCACGCACAUGCCACUUCUCUCCCUCCCCUCCCACCCGCUCUUCCUCCCCCUUUCCUCCUCCUCCUCCUCCUCCUCGCCCAAUCACAUACCGCCACCUGUCACCGGCCUGUUACCAGCGCUGCGGGCGGCAGCAGGCAUGCUGAGGCGGCUGGUCGAGAAGCUUCUGGGCGGCUUCUCCUCGUCUGUGAGCGAGGAUGAGUUCAUGCUGACGUCAGGAGCCAUCUGCAGGCGCUACCGCGAUGCUGGGCGGCUGGACGAAGCCCCAUCUGGGGUAGGUGCUAUCUUGCUUCAUGGGGUGGGGAGUAGGUGUUUCCUGGUUGGCCCCAUCCAAAACCGUCGCCUCUGUCCCAACCACUCUCCCUUCCCCACCUCUCACCCCCCACAGCUCUGCCUACCGUGGUUCAUGGGAGCAUUAGAGGAGGUGCAGCAGGUGCUGCAGGUGAGGGCCAAUAAGAAGCGGUUGCUCAUCGACACCUCUGAUUGGCUGCUGCUCGCCUGCGACCCCAAAUACGACCUGCGAUUGGACGAGCCAGAGCCAGUGACUGCAGCAGCUGCUGAGAGCAAGAGGAGAAGAGGUGACGCAGCAGCAGAGGAGGAUGAAGAGGAGAGGAGUGAUGAGGAGAAGUUGGGAGUGUUUUUGGAGUGGGUGCGGGCCAGGGGGAUCCCUGACUUUGGCAAGCCGCGAUCCACCUUCGAGGUGCAUUUCCGCCCAGAGCCCAACAGCUCCCAUUCACCUUCUCUCAAAGCUCACGGGGAGUUUGCAGCCUCUUUGCUGCAGGCCAAAGCACGGUCCAGAAGAAGCAGCACCCUUUGCCAACCCUGUGUGGACCCUCUUUCCCUCUCGUCCAUCCUCAUCCGCCCCUCUUUCGCAUCUGUCGCCCCACUUUCAAUCUCCCCCACCCACUCAUCUCAACCUCUGAACGCAACCCAACCCCUGACAGCGGUGGCAAGCCAGUCCAAGCCGAAAGGUCAACUUCUCCUCGCCAUCCCUCGCGCCCUCUGGGUGUCAACCCACACCAUGGCAGAAGAAGCAGCACAUUUUCCUUCUAUCGAGGAGCCUUUAAUCCCUGCUAGUUCCCAACUCCCCUGCGCGUCCGCCCUCUCCACUGCUAGAACAGACAUGGCUACGGGCCCCGCCUCCGUACCCGUCAUGAACGAGGCCACGGUUCGACGCGGCCUCAUCCUUAGUGCAGGCGGGGUCGAGGUGGAGGUGUUCGAGGACCAGCUGAAUGCGAUUAGAGAGGCGCCGAAAGGGGAGCUCGACGAGAGCAUGAUGGUCGCGGGCGUCGUGUGGAUGAAGAAGCAGCUUCGCGCCGAGUACGCGAUGACCCACCAGGCUCUGACCGAGGACGACCAAGAAGUGUUGAAGGUGAUGGACCUUCGUCUGGAGUUGAACGAGGAUUUCGACCAUCUGCUGUUUUCGAGAAAGAUCGACCAGCUGGCGGAGGGAGCAAGUGUGGGAGGGGGUGCCGACCACGAGGGAGGAGGCGAGAAGACGGGACGCGUCGUGAUUGAGUACAGCGUCGAGGAGGAGGAGGAGGAGAUCGAGGAGGAUACAUCGAGGCAGGCUCAGCACGGGGCGAGCGGCCCGGGCGGCGAUGCGAACCAGGACGAGGACUCGAGCUCGGAAUCGAGCCCCGGCUCGAGCUCGAGCGAUGAGUCGGUCGAGGACGACGGCGAGGGCGCCGGACAUCGAACGGAGCGUACGGGGGAGCACGGAGUGGCGCUCGGGGAGCGGGUGGACGAGCGAGUAGAGCUUAUCGAGCAGCAGGCGACAGGGGAAACAAAGACUGUCGAGGAGCAGGAGGGCGGAGCGGCUGCGCAGGAGGGUGGGGUCGGAGGGCAGCAGCAGGUGGUGGGCGAGGUGGCUGCGCAGGAGGGCGGGGCAGGAGGGCAGCAGCAGGAGGGCGUGGCGGCUGCGCAGGUGGGUGGGGCAGGAGUGCAGCAGCAGGAGUUUAGGGUUGCGGCUGCGCGGGUGAGUAGGUCGGGAGGGCAGGAGCAGGAGGUCGGGGAGGCUGUUGAGGAGUAUCGUCGAGGAGAUGAGCGACAGGCCGCCGUAACAAGGAGUCACCGCACGGCCAGUGGCAGCGGACAGGCGGGCCCUUCGACCGGGUGGCCUUCGACGGCAGGCCAAUCGACGGCGAACGUUGCACCCGGAGGCCAGGUCGUCGAGCUACUGCAGAGGGUCGAGAAGGUCGAGGCGUCGCAGAAGCAGCUCGUCGCCGAUGUAUUUGCGAAACACACUGAGCAAGCCGGAGUAUUCAACAGGCUUGCGGCGGAUUUUCGGACGGCGUGGAAUACGAUUUCGGAGUCGUCGAAGAGCACACUGUCGCAGUGUGCCGAGGCUGUGAAGGGUGUCACGGCGGAGAGGAACCUGUUGGAAGGGGCGCGAGCGAAGAUCGACGAGAUGAGCGGGAAGAUCAUCGAGGGGGUGGUAGCCGCCAUCACAAAAGCGAGCGAGGACGCCGUCGAGAAGCAGCUCAAGCAGGUCGAGGAACGGCUGGUUGCUGCGGUGCUGAAGGGUUUCGAGAAAGCCAUCAUGGAGGACAUGUUUUGCUCCACUCUCCCACCCGAGACCAUGAAGGAGCUGAAGGACAUUGUGAGGGAAGGAUACCAAGAAGCCGAAGCAGGGAGGUUGGAAGUCCUCACCGAAGCGAUGGCGAGAGGUUUUCAGCGCUCGGCGGGCCCGUCGACGAGGUCGCGUCAGGAGGGUGUGGGAGGGGUUCGCAGCGGGGCUGAGCCUCGAGGUCAGGAGCGGUUGGUUCCUCCGUCUUCUUCGGUGGGAGGACAUGUCGGCAGCCCGGUUGGAUCCCCACCGGCGCGUGGCCGUCAUCCCGUCGCCAAGCCCGUCCCCGAAGUCAUCGUACUCGACCAGUCAGCCCUCCCGAAGACCUCCGUAGCGGCUCCGAUCGAUCAACCUGAUGCGUUUGCUUCGAUGCGGGACAUGCUGCAAGACCUGGGGAAAACGGGUGGGAAAGGAGUGGUCGCGGGGGAGAAAAGUGGUGCCCCGAACGAGCACGUCGCCUCGACCGGGAACAGAGCCCUAGGAAUGCGAGGUGCCUCUACCCCGUCAGGCGGCGGUGCAGGGAAAGGAGCGGGAGAAGCAAGCGCUGGGUUGCUGUCGAAGCCUAAAGCGGCAUCAGCUGCGCACGGCGGUGGUGCUGGCCUUGCUGCCGGGCUUGUGGGAAAUUGGGCGUCUUCCUCAACCCCUCCAGUUGCUCCUUUCGCCGCUGCUCCGUCCCUAGGCAACGUUUGCCUUAGCGAUCCGGGCUCCCCUUCAAAGUCGAAGAAGAAGCCGGCUGCGACGAAGUCGUCGAAGCGCGCUGCACACGCGACAGAGAGCCUUGACGUGGUGGAGCUGGCCAGCGUCCCUGGUCAGGCGCCUGUCGAGAAGACCUCUAUUGUCGUUGCUGCUCGACAGGAAAAGGCGAAGAAGGCCAGGGUCACGGGUCACACCCCACCUCCUCGACCGGACGACCGAGGCAAGACGAGAGGCUGCAAACGUCCCUUCAAAGGACCGGGUUUCGGGUCGCGGAAGGGGAAGCUGGUUUCCGAGCAGACCGUCGGCGGGAGGAAGCGGUUCCUUGGCACAUUUGAAACAGAGAAGGACCAGAAGUUCUGUACGGCCGUCUGCUGGCGCGUAUACUUCCCCGACGUUGUCCUUACGGAGUACGAAGGGUACACGGCGCAGGAUGAGGAGGACAGGAAGGUCUACCUUGAUGCGGCCGCAGAAAUGCCAACCGGCGUUUGGAGCGUUGCGCAAGAACAAGGGGAAUGCCGUUUUGACGAUUACCUGUCGCUGUUGGCGACGGCAAAAAAGGAAGCGAAAGCUGGAACCGAGAGGGGAAUCGCGCUGUGCGUGGCGAUUGGUAAGGUCGCGACGCUUGGCCUGAAGCACGGGAAUCUGAUUUACCCGGUCCCGAAGGGCAUGGCGGCGACACCGCACAUGAUGGCCAUCGCAGCAACUGUGGCGAGCUUGUGGGCGGCCUGUAGGAAGUUGUCGAGGGAGGAUAUUAAGAAGGACGCCCUAGCUGCCGCAAACGGGGCGAUCUACGCCCCGGAGACUGCAAAGAAGGCUUGUGUGGCUGCCAUGUCCGCACUCGUGUCCAUACUUUUGCACGUCGGCAAGACGUUCCCGGCGAAGCAGUGGCCCGAUCACCUGUAUUCGUCGGCUGUCGAAGGUCUCGGCUCGACGGACGCCAUAUUGCUGCAGAUGCUGCGCGUGGCAGCACAGGUCUGUACGCAAUGGUGCUGCUGUCGAGCUGCUGCCCGCUUGCUGGAGGACGCGGGCUAUGGCAGCCUGGCUAUGCCAGAAGAAAAGAGCAAGGCGAAGCAGGGCGUCGAGGAUGCAGCUGAGACGGAAACUAGCGGGCAAGGGGAGUAG